AUGAACGACCAGCUAUCGCAUGAUCAGCGGACCGCGAUGCGUCAGUACUUGCUCCACAGAAACGAAGUACCUCGCCUGAUUGAGUACAUCGAGCUAGACGUUGAGACGCAGUCGGGUCGGUACGCCGCCACUGCUCUCACCCACCAAGCAGGCGCGUCUUCGCGACUGGAGGAUCUCGUCAUUGAGUAUCGACCAGAGUGCGAUGUGCACGAGCUGCUUGACUUUCGUCAUUGGCACAUGGACAGCUGCGACUCGCCCAUUGCCACCGUGCCUGACGACGCACUUGGAUGUCCCUUUCGGGUCCGAGGCCAGGUGGUUGCGCUCACUGGUGCAACUCAGGCCAUUUGCGACUAUGCAGAACGUCCGCAGGAUGUUAUUGCGCGGCACAAAUGUGUAGUGUGUGAUUCCGAGUCGUUCAUGCUUGAGGAAUGCGUGCGAGGUCGAAAGACCCAGCCUUUGAGCAUUCUCACGCUUGCAGCGGUCGGUCGAGAGCGUCCAUUCAGUCAACUUUCGGUCAUCGUCCAGGGUGUAUAUUUGGAAAUCUACGGAGUGUUUUUGCCGAGUGCGCAUUUCAGUUCGAAAAAUCAAGCGCGAGGUCGCCUUCCAAAAAGGCAUUUGAAGAUCUUUCAAAUUCCAACAACGGCCUUCAGUCCACCUGUUCUCACGCCAGCAUACGGAAAUAUCAUGUCCACAAUCACUGACAACACCCUCCGUGAGAUAAUCCAGCGAGCAAGCGCCAUAUCACGCAUGUUCAUGGCGCACGCAGUCCCGCGCGGCACGUACACACGACUGCGCCUGUUGUGUUUGCUCAGCUUGCUAUCACGCGAGACAAUGCUGCACUCCACCAGCGCACAGGGCCGUGCAAACCAUACGUCAUCUGCCCUGCACCUGCUCGUGCUGCUGCCAGAAGAUGAUCCGGUUGUGGCGCGGCUCAUUGCUCAAGCUGCUACCUAUUUCGACGAUGGCAGGGGUCUGACUCAUCAGACUUCAAUGGGCUUGGUCCCAACUGCAACAUGGGACGCCCAAGCGCCGAAUCCGACCAUCGCAGAUGGAUCCUUGUCGCUCGCAGCUGAUGGCGUCUGCUUGAUUCAGAACGUGUCGCAUCUGCGUCCUGCUGAACUUGACACGCUGUACCAAGUGCCAGAGAUUACCGUUUCAGCACAGGCACCUGCUGCCCAGCAACUCAGACACGGCACUGCUCUCCAAGUCGAGGUAACCACCACAAUCCACAGCACUGUCUGGGCCACCACCGACUCGCGGACAGUCACUCGUGAAGGACCUCUUCACGAUCGUCAUGCUGCUAUGGAAGCACUUGUCCCAGUCGGAACUACUCGAUCGAAGGCUUGGUCCGCUCAGAAGAUUAUGCAAGCAGUCGAUCUGAUCCAUCGUCCUGCUACAGCAGCAAGCGCAUCGCUGGAAGUAGAUCGCGCCAUCUGUGCACACGUGCUCGACACAGUCCAAGCCCAGAACGACGAGCGCGAGCUUGCUCAUGCGGAUUCUGUUCGGAGCUUGUUGCAUACAAUUCGUACAGUCACACCCACCCGUCUGCCAUUUGACAACGAAGCACAACAGCUGCUACAGGAGUUCUUUGCUGCCUGUCGCCGGGUCCAAUCGCGCGGUGUUCACGCAACAGAGAUUCCGUCGCGUGCGUUUUCAACCUUAACCAAGCUUGCCACAGCGCACUGCAGAUUGUCGUUGCGACAUUGCGUCUCUGUGGCUGACGCGUUGAUUGCCAUCAUGCUGUUCGAGGAAGUCCAGACCGUGCGGACUGGGUACUCGGUGCUUCAACAGCGCCCACUCGUACACGACCCAGACGCGUUUCAACCGGAUGUGAAAUUUGAUCACUCGGCGCACGCAAAGCAGCUCUAUCGGCAUGUGGUUGAGUUCUGUCAGGCUCACUGCUCCAGCGAAUGGUACCACGACGACGAUGCUCAAGUGCCAUAG